UAAAGGGACACUGCGCUAUUUCAUGGGCGAGGGCGAAAACAGCUAAAGCGCAGAAAAGCAGAUAAAUGCUAAAUAGCCAGCCAGCAAGCAACCGAGCGAGCAAGCAAGCUAUGUGGUCAGAGAGGAGAGGAGAGACGACAAGACGAGACGGAAAAAUUCCAUGAUCAACGAUGCAAUCAACUUCUCUUCGAAGAUAGCUAACGUUGGUUUUGAUGGCAAUCCGAUUGAUCUUUAAAUGUGAAAAGAGACACUUCAUGUGAAAUCGGACAGGGCUGUCCUGAAGCAAAGAUUUUUUUUAAAAGCAAAAAGUUAAACUCCGCUCCUGAGAUGAAGGAAAUGUCUCGUUAAUGAACACUUUACGUGUGAAGCCUGUCGUCCCCUUCAUGUAGCUGGUAGUUACUGCUCCGGGUUUCUCUGUGGAAUGCCUGUGUCAUGAUGCCGUCGCUGAGACUCACCCUGCGUCCUGGUGACCAGGGAGGGCGUGUCGAGUCGUCAGCCAAUCACAGCAGGUGCUUUAGGAGAGUCAGUUCCUGUUUAUGUUCAUCAGUACUUCCUCUCAGAACCCUCCCGCCUCACUGAUGUCCUGCCCCCUCGGUGGUAGGUAGGUAGUUCCUGUAUCCAUCUCUUCCAUCACUUCCUCUUCCUCCUGAAGCCCCGCCCCUUACUGUCUGGCUGUGUGGGGAUGCUGGUGCUAGCUGGCACUGUUCGUAACUAUGGUGAUAGUCAGGUAACCGUGGUAAGAGGAGUCUGUGGGCACAGCUUCCUGAUGUUGUGCCAGGUGCUGACUGGACAGGAGGGCACCAUCGAACGGACGGGCACAGAGGUGCUGUGCAACUCUGCUUCCUAGUUUACACUGAUGACAUCACAACAGGAAGUAUAGGACCCAUCUUACUGUAGAACGUCAAUCUCCACCUCCUUGCACUUUCUAGAACUUCCCGUUGCUGCUACUUGACUUCCUGUUGCAAGUCUCUCAGACACUUUAAGGCUCUGACCUCUAACCUCUGAACCCAAGCAGCCAUGAGGCACAUUCACGUAGAACUGACACGCAGCAGCAAGGAGGAGCUGGCUCCUGUGGAGCUUCCAUCCCAGGAUGGGGACCUGCCUCCUCCCGCGGCCCCCUCACAGGUCCCCGACCUUGGGGUGAUGAGACCAGGGGUGGUGGUUCCCAAGCCCUUUGGUCAUGAGCAGCUGCGUCUCCAGAAGGUCUAUCAGCUCUCCAUCUUCUCCCAGCUGGGGGGGUUCUCAGCCUCCGAGCUCCCCAGAACCAGUGAGGCCCAGCCGGGGCAAGUCCAGCCGGGUCAGGUCCAGCGGACUGACAGGGUGGGGGUCAAGAGAGGACAGGGUGGGGUUCAAGAGGAUUCCCAUCUAACACACAAAUGGCCCCACCUGGCAGGGGACCUCGAAAGGGAUGGAGGGGUGCUGUCAGGGUCAGGACCUGGGGUAGGAUUGGAUGUCGGGAUGGGGGUAGGGAUGGGGGUGGGGGUGGUGCAGGGGCCUGUAUCCUCCUGCAUCAUGGUGGAUCACAGAGACUCAGAUGGGGGCCUAUCGCCUAGAUCCCCCCCACCUGCACCCCUCUCUCCGGGCCACACCCCCGCCCGACGCCCUGCCCAGCACAAUCAUGACAGGCCCGUCCCGGACCUGUGGGCCCCGCUGUCGCCCAAACCAUCCCCCAUGGUCGAGCCCCACAGCCCUCCUGGCUCCCGCAGCCCCUUUCCCAGCAUAGAGUCUCCUCCUGGGGGCGACGCGUCAGCCUGCUCCCUGGGCAAUCCUGGAGGGUCUGGGGAGGGCUGCAGUAGUGGCUCCUCAUUGGGACAGCAUCAGCCCAACUGCUGCACUGACGGCCCCCGUGGGGCCCUUGGGGCAUUCGACACCCGUAGCCCUCCUGGAGGACCUCCAGGCUCCCUCUCCCACCGCUUCCUUCCCACCACAGACCCCCAGGAGCCUGGGGAGGGUAGGGAGUGGGGGGCCAAGCUGGAGUCCUCACCGCCCCAUCCCAGUGCCGCCGCCUUCAACUCCACCAACGGCCUGAGCUCCGUGGAGAAGACCCCCAGCACCAGCAGCCUGAGCUCCGUGGAGAAGACUCCCAGCACCAGUGGCCCGAGCUCCGUGGAGAAGACCCCCAGCACCAGCAGCCUGAGCUCCGUGGAGAAGACCCCCAGCACCAGCAGCCUGAGCUCCGUGGAGAAGACCCCCAGCACCAGCAGCCUCCGUGGGAUCUCUUCGGGUCCCUGCCCGGCCAAGAAGAAACUGCUAUCAUCCAGCGACACGGGAGAGUCGUGUUCGGAGGACGAGGGCCCCUCCACCUCUAAGAGGAGCCGUCUGGCCCUGCUGGCCCCGGGGUUAGGGCUGGCCUCCUGCAGGGGCACCGAUGCCAAGGCUGCCCCCUUCUGGAACCACCUGCUGCCCAACGCACGGGACCCAAACCACACCAAGAGUUUAUCAGAAUGCAGAGGAGCCAGCAGAAGGCUGAAAAGUGGGAUGCGCCUGAAAAGUCGACAGCUAUGUAGUGGGCGGCGUACAGACACCUUGGGUCGCACUGCUCGGUCCGGCUGGCCCUCUUCUUCCAUCAGCCGUUCACUACUGGGUAACUUUGAGGAGUCGAUCCUGAAGGGUCGUUUCUCUCCGUCGGGUCGUAUCGAGGGCUUCACAGCAGAGAUCGGUGCCAGCGGAUCCUACUGCCCUCAACACGCCACUCUGCCUGUACACGUCACCUACUACGACAUCUCAGAGCACAGCGCACCCUCACCCUUCCUGGGGGUGAUCUCCUUGGAGCCUUUAGGAAAGAAGGGAUACAGCGUACCCAAAGCAGGGACCACCCAAGUGACCUUAUUCAACCCCAAUAAAACUGUGGUGAAGAUGUUCCUCGUGACCUAUAACUUUGGGGACAUGCCCGUCAAUCACAUGACCUUCCUUCGUCACCGCAUCUUCCUGGUUCCCGUUGAGGAGGCGGGGCCAGAGGCGAAGGGGGUUGGGCCUCCAGAGCCCAGGGCCACGCCCACAGAGAGGAGGAAGAUUCUCUGCUACCUGAUACACCUCAGAUUCCAGAGCUCUAAAUCUGGGAAGAUCUACUUGCACAACGAUAUCCGGCUGCUAUUCUCCCGCAAGUCCAUCGAGGUGGACACGGGGAUCCCUUACGAGCUCAAAUCUUUCACCGAGGUGCCAAGAAACCCCAAAUACUCCCCCCGCGUGUGAGCCUAUAAUGAACCCGUGACCCCUGACCCCAUCACCAACGCAGCCCAUUCCUGGAACUGGGCACAGAGAGAUAAACAGACAUGGACAAGAAAACUUGAAAAUAUUAUUCAUUCAAACACACGCAUAUAUACUGAGUAUACAAAACAUUAAGCACACCUUCCCUAAUAUUGAGUUGCACUCCCUCUAUUGCCCUCAGAACAGCCUCGGUUCAUCAGGUUAUGAACUCUACAAGGUGUUGAAAGCGUUCCACAGGGA